ACCGCGGGGUCGUGUGGGAUUGCUCCAACUUUUGAACCCAGGGCAGCGGAUUAAUGAGGCGGCCUGGAAGCGGCGGGGCGGAGCGCGGCUCUCAGACCUCUCGGCGGGAGAAAGCAGAAGACGCUUCCCCGGGCGCCAUGCAGCGCCCCGUGGCCGUGCGGUCGUGGGUGGAGGAGAACCGGGCCUCCUUCCUGCCCCCGGUCUGCAACAAGCUCAUGCACCAGGAGCAGCUCAAAAUCAUGUUCGUCGGGGGCCCCAACACCAGGAAGGACUACCACAUCGAGGAGGGUGAAGAGGUGUUUUGCCAGCUGGAGGGGGACAUGGUUCUCCGAGUCCUGGAGCGAGGGAAACACCGGGAUGUGGUCAUUCGGCAGGGAGAGAUAUUCCUCCUGCCUGCCCGGGUGCCCCACUCGCCACAGAGGUUUGCCAACACCGUGGGGCUGGUGAUUGAACGGAGGCGGCUGGAGACGGAGUUAGAUGGGCUCAGGUACUACAUGGGGGACACCACGGACGUCCUGUUUGAGAAGUGGUUCUACUGCAAGGACCUUGGCACGCAGUUGGCCCCCAUCAUCCAGGAGUUCUUCAACUCUGAGCAGUGUAGAACAGGAAAGCCCAUCCCUGACCAGCUGCUCAAGAAGCCACCGUUCCCUCUGAGCACACGAUCCAUCAUGGAGCCCAUGUCCCUGGAGGCCUGGCUGGAUGGUCACCGCAGGGAGCUGCAGGCGGGCACACCCCUCAGCCUGUUUGGGGACACCUAUGAGACCAAGGUGAUUGCCCAUGGACAAGGCAGCAGCAAAGUCUCGAGACAGGAUGUGGACGUGUGGCUGUGGCAGCUGGAGGGCUCCUCGGUGGUGACGAUGGAGGGACAACGCCUGAGCCUGAACCCUGAUGCCAGCCUCCUGGUGCCAGCUGGGACCUCGUAUGCCUGGGAGCGAGCACGAGGCUCUGUGGCCCUGUCUGUGACCCAGGACCCUGCCUGCAAGAAGCCGCUGGGGUGACUCUCUUGCUGUGGGCCUGAGGCAGCCAUGGGUGUGCCUGAGCGCCACCCGGAGCACCACACCUGCCGAACCACUCUCCUCGCCCCCGCCGCCUCUCUGUGCUGCUGCCGAGCCCCUCAGGGUCCCCCACGCCAGGCCCUGGACAUCACCGUCAUCCAUCCUCCGCUGUUACCAGCCAGGAUGCCAGGCUCCUGGGGGACCAGCAGCUCCCUUCUCCUCUAACAGCCUCAGCCCACUGCCCCGCCAGUCCUGUGGCACAGCUGCUGCUCCAUCCCUCUGUCCCCACGGGCUCAGGGCAGCACUUGUCUCUACCAAAAAGGCCCUCAAUAAAGGCUUCCUGCUAAAUGAACAC